AAAAUAAAGUAAAAAAAAAAAAAAAGGAAAAGAAAAGGAAAGAAGGACGAAUGGUGCUGGACUUGGACGCAUGCAUUAACUCGCUCUUCCAACGGCAGCUUCUGGCCGAAUCAGUGAUCAAGGAGAUCUGCGAGAAAACCAAAGAACUGUUGAUGUCAGAGAGUAAUGUCGUGCACAUCAAGGCACCGGUCACGGUCGUAGGCGACAUUCAUGGGCAGUUUUAUGAUUUACUCGAGAUAUUCAAGAUUGGUGGCUAUUGUCCAGACACGAACUAUCUCUUUCUGGGAGAUUAUGUGGAUCGAGGACUUUAUAGCGUCGAGACGAUGUCCAUCUUGACAUGUUUAAAACUCCGCUAUCCAGAGAGAGUGCAGCUCGUACGGGGCAAUCACGAAUCACGCGCCGUUACCCAAACUUAUGGCUUUUACACAGAAUGUAUGAAGAAAUAUGGCAGUGCUCAGGUGUGGCAUUAUUUCACGGAUCUGUUUGAUUAUCUUACCUUGUCAGUUGUCAUUGACAAUAUGAUCUUUUGCGUCCACGGAGGAUUGUCACCGUCAAUCCACACGAUAGAUCAGAUCAAAGUCAUGGAUCGUUUUAAAGAAAUCCCACACGAGGGGCCAAUGGCAGAUUUGGUAUGGUCAGACCCAGAUCCUGGAAGAGAAGAAUUUGCAGUUUCGCCAAGAGGCGCAGGAUAUACGUUUGGGUCGCUGGUGGUGGAAAAGUUUCUACAUGAAAACGGGAUGGACCAUAUCCUUCGCGCCCAUCAGCUCUGCAUGGAAGGAUUUCAGGUCUUGUUUGAUGAUCAGCUCUCAACUGUAUGGUCAGCACCAAAUUAUUGCUAUCGUUGUGGUAACCUUGCAUCCAUUCUGGAAGUGGGUGUGGCAGGAGAACGACAUUUCAACGUGUUUGAGGCAGCACCUGAGAACGAACGUCCGUCGGCAACGCAGGCGCAGAGGUCUGUAUUAGCCAACGGAGCUUCUGCAGGAUUGUUCGCUGGAGUUGGUGCAAGCGCUAUCGGUAAUGGAGCUAAUAGUGGCAGCAGCAAUGGCAGCGGUGGUACCAGUGUUAGUUCUAUAAACGGAGGAGCUGAUUUUACACAGGACCCGAUCCACUACUUUUUAUAAAAAAAAAAAAAAAAACUGAUUAUUGAAGCG